CGUGAACUGCACCGCCCAGUCUUAUGUAACCCUCAGCAGGCAAACUGCACCGCUGCAACUCUUUCAUUUUAAUCUAUUCCAAGAUUAUUUGUAAACAAGGAGACCAAACAUGGGCGACGUGACUUUAUGGAAUGUUCAACUGCAGCAACAAACUGUCUUUAAAUCUAAUGGCUGGGUUUACAGGAUUCCUGCUCUUUUCUGUGAGACAGAAAGUGAAACUCUUCUGGCUUUUGCAGAGCAAAGGAGAACUGAAGAUGACAGCAGCUCCAAAAUGCUGGUAAUGAAAAGAGGAGAACUGAAGGAGGAAACCCCUAAUGUGAAGACAAUUGAGUGGUCAGAGCUCCGAGAGGUAAAAGAGGCAAAGAUUGAUGGAUACCGCCCUAUGAAUCCCUGCCCGCUGUAUGACAAAACCAGCAAAACCCUCUUCCUGUUCUUUAUCUGUGUUGAAGGCACCGUCUCAGAGCAGCGGCAGAUAAACUGCUACACAAACAAAGCCCGUCUCUGCUACAUCACCAGCAAAGAUCUUGGACAAACCUGGACUGAACUUACUGAUCUGACUGACAAACUGCCUGAAAUUAAAACUUGGGCCACUUUUGCUGUAGGUCCGGGCCACGGUCUUCAAACAGAGCAGGGAAGGUUGAUUGUUCCAAUCCAUGCUUAUACUUCUGGUAUGAACUCCUGCUGCCGCUUGUCUAAGAGCUGUGCUCCUUUUGCACUCUCCCUGUACAGUGAUGAUUCUGGUAAAAAUUGGCAGUUUGGCCAAAUGUUUCAAGAAAAAUCCAUUGAAUGUCAAAUGGCAGAGUUUUUUGAUGAAAGCGGCAACAGCAUCAUCUACUGCAACGCUCGCACUGAGGGAGGAUUUAGAGAGGAGCACGUCAGUGAGAGUAACGGACAUGAGUUUUGCAAGCUGAGUGGUGUUCAAAAGCUCAUGGAGACGGGCUUUGGCUGUCAGGGAAGCUUGGUUUCUUUUCCAUCUCAGAAUGAAGAUGUAGCGAAUGAUGAGAGCCAGAAAAAAAACAAGUGGCUGCUCUUCACCCACCCAAGUCACCAGUGCCGCAGGGUUAGUCUGGGAGUGUAUCUGAACAAAACACCACGUGAUCCAAACUCAUGGAGCAAACCCUGGAUCAUCAGCAGUGGACCCAGUGGUUACUCAGACCUGGCUUACAUUGGUGAGGGUUGGUUUGCUUGUCUGUUGGAGAGUGGGGAGAAGAAAGAAACGGAGCAGAUAGCUUCUGUGGUUUUUAGCUACAAUGAGCUCAAACAAGUCAUUGGAGAGUAAAAGAAAAUCUUUGCUCUGUACAAAAAGAUGCAAUAUUUGUAGAGAACCUACUGUUGCUUAGUGUGUAAAAUGUGUAAAAGUGUGUUAGUAAGAAACAAAUGGGGCCAUAUGCUACUUUAAUAUUAACAAUGAGGUUCUCCUACUUACAGGAAGCAAUACAAAUACAAAGGCAGAAGGAAAAUUCUUCUUCCUGUUUUCAGAUCAUGUUAAACAUUGACUCAAAUCAACUGACUAAUGUGGAAAACAAAGCUGUCUCUAAUGUUAGAUCAAGUUUCCAUUCAAAUGUAUGCAGCAUUAUUGUAAAAAAUAAAAUGAAUGUAAAAUCCAGAAAA